AUGUGGCUUCGAAACUUUUAUGCGCCUAAACACCCUCAUAUCCAUCCCUACUCGGCCAUCAAAAAAACUCAUUUGAAGCACCGUUCUUGCUUUCAUAUUUCUGACAUUGGUUGUGAAAUUAUUCUAUUACCAAGUAUGAAGACCCGAUCACAGUCCGCCAAAAUAUCUCUAUCUCAACUUCCAGUCGAGAUUAAAAGGCUCAUCGUUGAACAAACUGCACUUGUGACAGAGAGAGUAUACUCCGAGAGUCAGAAAUUCUUGAAGCUUGCCAUGGUAGAUCGAAGCUUUCAUAAGCUUUGCAGUCCGACUAAUUGGAAGGAGCUCGACCUGCGAUGCUCUGGCAAAUCUAACCUUGACGGUCUGAUCAAUGAAAUUCUGCAUCGUCAAGCAAACCAUGUACAAUCAAUUAUUAUGGGACUCCAUCCCGACGGGGUUCCAAACCAGAAAAAUUUCGCGAGCGAUUCAGAAAAAAUCGAUAGCUCGAGCGACUCAAUAUCAAGUGGCAGUGAGAAGGAAUUCCCUGCAGAAGAAUUACGUUACAUCUUGGAAAUUUGCACUAACUUGACCAAGUUGGAGAUACGCUAUGAACCGACUUCCCUCGAUGAGUUUGGAAACUUUAUCAUCGACCCUUUGCGCCCGAUAACGAUGAUGACGCCCUUGAUAUCUCAACUUUCCAAUUUAACUCAUAUCAAGCUAGACAACUACAACGACGAUAAUACUCACUCCAGCGAGGAGUCCUUGGUCAAAUUAAUUGAAAAAAUGGUGCAUCUGGUUUACAUUCGCGUGGAUUUCAUUAAGGCCUCCUUUCCAACUUGCGAUUUCUGCGAGUGUCCACAAUCCGUUCAACCCUCUGUGUCGCCACUUGGUGUUCACUUGGCUUCACUACCAUCUCUUAAAUUCAUCGUAUUCUUUCAUGCCGAUUGCUUUAAUUUGGACUGGAGCAAACUCGAUUGGAAAGGGGAACUUGAAGAAUUGACACUGCACUAUUGCUUCAAGGUUUCUUUACGCGCCCUGCAUGCUUUUUGCAGCCUCUUUGAGAAUAGUCUGGUUAAGCUUUCCCUCUACUAUGUUCCGGUCAGCUUCUCAGACGACAAUCUCGCCCACAUCCUACCCGAAUCGGAGCGAAAAUUACUGUUUCGUCUGUCAAAGCUACAGCAGCUAUCUAUUUUCAACGGUUAUCCAAUCGAAUUGCUCAAAUUGUUCCGAGAGGCUUCCAACCUCAAGCAAAUCAGUGUGAAAAAUGUUGGCGAAAUGUGCUUAGAACCUCUGAAAAACCUGAUGGAUCACGAGGAUCCGAUUUGGAGUCGAUUGAAAUCGUUUGUGUUUUGCGAGGACAGGGAUUUUGAAACUGUUGAAUUGCGCACACCUGAGGAAAUUUCAGACUUCAUAGCUCAUGGUGCCAAAGCCGGUAUCAAGGUGGAAUACGGCUUGGUGGGCAACGAGAGGCACCAAUGUUGGUCAAAUGACGGGGAAGACGCAUGGAGGUUUAAAGAGGAGAUAGAGGAAAGGAAAAAACACGUGUGA